GGGAGCUUAAGCAUUUCGGUAAAUCUUGAGAAAAUCUCGCAUUCACCCGUCGGCUUCAGUGUUCCAGUGAUUUUUCUUGUCACGCUUCGCGCUCUUUGGUAUUUUUUCACUUUGCAGAGACGAAAGAGAGGGAGAUAGGUCUGAGAGAGAGAGUCUGUCCAGUCGUGUGCGGAACUACCACCCACAUCAUGGACCAGGACUCAAGAGAUUCUGCAGAUUCCCUGGAGAUGCCACCAGCACCAUCACCUCCUAGACUAAGCUCUAGCGAUGCAUAUUGUCGCAGAAGGUCACCAACGCCAGAAAGAAGAUGGAAAAGACGCAGCAGCUCUAGAUCCAGAUCAUCAAGUCGAUCUAGAUCAUAUAGGUGCUCCAGAUCUCCAGAGCGUUCAAGAGAUAGAGAUUGGGAGAGGGACAGAGAUAGGGAUAGAGAGAGGGAUAGGGAGCGUGGUAGGGAUAGGUCAAAAAAGUAUUCAAAACGAGAAAGAACAAAGUCUAGAUCACGAUCUAUGUCAGGAUCCAGAUCAAAAUCGAGGUCUAGAUCGCGAGAUAGAAAGCGCAGCCGCAGUAAAGAGAGAAGACGUGAAAAAGACAAGCCACCAAAGCCUGUCAGAGAUAGUAAAAAAAGUCACAAAAACAGAGCUGGCAGUAGUUACAGUAACCUGUACACACCUGUAGUGGUACAACCUCAGUAUCAUGUACAACCAAACGCAUUCAAAAAUGAUGGUAGUUUCAUGGAAAUGUUCAAAAAAAUGCAAGAACAGAAAACAGUAGUGGAAUCUCAACCAUCAGCAAUCACAGUUCUUGAGGAGAAACCAGCUGCACCACCUCCACUGAUGGUUGGCAAGAGGCGAGGAGGUAGAAUCUUAAAAACUGGGAUGGUAGCCAAGCAGAAAACUGAAGCACCAGUAGAACAGCCUAAAGAUGCUUGGUCACUUUACAUGGCUGAAGUCAAGAAAUAUAGAGAAGUUUGUUGUCAGGAAGAAGACAACACAAGGCCACUGGUCAAAUAAUGUCAUGUCCACUUGCACUUAUGGAAUUUUUAUCGAUUCUUGAAUACUGAUUUGUCUUUUACACACAAAGAUAACAAAAUUAUUUGAUAUAAACUUAGAUAGGACUUUGGAAACUUUUAUUUUUUAAAUUACUAGAAGCUUAAUUAAAGGUAUGCAAUGUUUCUUAAUUGGAGCUUUCAGAGAUUGUUCAGAAAUAUUUAUUUAUUCAAUUUCUUUUUUAGAGUAUGAUAUUCAUUUUCUGACAUUCUAAAUAAAAUUAUAAAUAAAAUUAUAAUAUUACUUAGGGCAUUAUAUACCUUUAAUUAAGAAGUAUUUGUAGUAGUGGGUAAUGUGCUCUAUGGUUGUCUGUAAAGUUUUUUUUAUAGUCAAACUAUGAAACUUGUACUAACUCUAACAAGUUUAGUUAUAAAUGAACAAGGAAGUGGAAAAGAAAGAUAAACGUUUUUUAUCAAUGAACUUAAUGAAGUUAUUUUAGUUCUAUGUUUCAACACAAAUACUUGUUAAAGCUUUAAUAACAAACAAAUAGUAGAUGAAAAGUUGACAAGUUUUAUCUUAAUCUUAGUAAUAAAUUAGUUUAAUUAAAUUUGGUUUUGCUGUACAAAUAUAUGCUUAUAGAUUAUUUACAUAAUAAUACUAUUACAGUGAAGAUAUUUUGUCAUAGAUAUAUUUUGUCAAUAAAUAAUUAAAAAUAAUUUGGGAAAUAAAAGGCUUUAAGGCACAUUUGUUUGAAUGAAAAUUAAUAAGACCAAACAAUUGAAGUGCCAAAGCUUUUAACAAAUUAAAAUCACAAUGAAGAGUAAAUAAAAAUAAGUUAAAUUCUGUUUAACGAAUUUGUUAAUUAUGCUAUAAUUACAUAUCAUAAUAGCUAAAUAAAAAAUAAGUUGAUCAUUUUCCUUUUUGUUAGUUAAGGAUUAGUUAAGAUAUAAGCUAACAAUUUGGCGCAAGUUGAUUGAAAGCGAGAGAACACUUAUGAAUCACUUAUGUUAUGUGACUGAAUUAUAAUGUACUACAAUAAAAACAAAUUUAUUGUU